UCGACAGUUUAGUCAUUAGUCUUCUCUCUUACAGACAUAACAAUAUAACAUCUCCCAUUUCUUAAUUCUCUCUCCUCCUCUUCCUUCAUCGACGCCAUUUUUAAAUCACAGGCGAAAAAUCAAUUGAGAUUCAGACAGAGAGAGAACGAUGAGUGGUCACGAUUCCAAGUACUUCUCCACUACCAAGAAGGGUGAAAUUCCUGAACUCAAAGAAGAGCUCAAUUCUCAGUACAAGGAUAAGAGGAAGGAUGCCGUGAAAAAGGUUAUUGCUGCGAUGACUGUUGGCAAGGACGUAUCAUCAUUGUUCACUGAUGUUGUGAACUGCAUGCAAACGGAAAAUCUGGAGUUGAAGAAGCUAGUAUACUUGUACCUGAUUAAUUAUGCAAAAAGCCAACCAGACCUUGCGAUUCUUGCAGUCAACACAUUUGUUAAGGAUUCACAGGACCCAAAUCCUUUAAUUCGGGCUCUGGCAGUGAGAACAAUGGGUUGCAUUCGUGUUGAUAAAAUUACCGAGUAUUUAUGUGAUCCCCUUCAGAGGUGCCUCAAGGAUGAUGAUCCAUAUGUUCGCAAGACAGCUGCUAUCUGUGUUGCUAAGCUUUUCGAUAUAAAUGCUGAGCUCGUUGAGGAUAGGGGAUUUCUGGAUGGACUGAAAGACUUGAUAUCUGAUAACAACCCAAUGGUAGUAGCAAAUGCUGUAGCAGCUCUUGCUGAGAUUCAGGAAAACAGCGCAAGACCCAUCUUUGAGAUCACAAGUGCCACACUUGCAAAGCUCCUUACUGCCCUCAAUGAAUGCACUGAGUGGGGUCAAGUUUUUAUAUUGGAUGCCCUGUCAAGAUAUAAAGCAGCUGAUGCUCGCGAAGCUGAGAACAUUGUAGAGAGAGUUACUCCACGUCUACAACAUGCUAACUGCGCUGUUGUGCUUUCAGCUGUGAAGAUGAUUCUUCAGCAGAUGGAACUCAUCACUAGUACCGAUAUUGUUCGAAAUCUUUGUAAGAAAAUGGCCCCUCCACUUGUGACCCUUCUUUCUGCAGAACCUGAGAUACAGUAUGUUGCCCUAAGGAAUAUCAAUCUGAUCGUGCAAAAGAGGCCAACUAUUUUGGCCCAUGAAAUUAAGGUAUUUUUCUGCAAGUACAAUGACCCUAUCUAUGUCAAGAUGGAGAAGUUAGAAAUCAUGAUCAAACUUGCUUCAGACAGGAACAUAGAUCAGGUUCUACUGGAGUUUAAGGAGUAUGCCACAGAAGUAGAUGUAGAUUUUGUUAGGAAGGCUGUUCGUGCUAUUGGUCGCUGUGCCAUCAAGUUGGAGAGAGCUGCUGAACGCUGCAUCAGUGUCCUGCUGGAGCUGAUCAAGAUUAAAGUAAAUUACGUUGUUCAGGAGGCAAUUAUAGUCAUCAAAGAUAUAUUUAGAAGAUACCCUAACACCUAUGAGUCCAUCAUUGCAACCCUCUGCGAGAGCUUAGACACUUUAGAUGAACCAGAGGCCAAGGCUUCUAUGAUUUGGAUCAUUGGUGAAUAUGCGGAAAGAAUUGACAAUGCAGAUGAGUUACUUGAGAGCUUCUUGGAAAGUUUCCCUGAAGAGCCUCCGCAAGUUCAAUUGCAACUGCUGACAGCAACCGUCAAGCUUUUCCUAAAGAAGCCAACAGAAGGACCACAACAAAUGAUUCAGGCUGUUUUGAAUAAUGCCACUGUUGAGACCGACAAUCCUGAUUUGCGUGAUCGUGCUUACAUCUAUUGGCGUCUUCUUUCAACUGAUCCUGAGGCAGCUAAAGAUGUUGUGUUAGCAGAGAAACCUGUGAUCACCGAUGAUUCAAACCAGCUUGAUCCUUCUCUUCUUGAUGAACUUCUUGCCAACAUUGCAACUCUAUCAUCCGUGUAUCACAAGCCACCAGAAUCAUUUGUAACUCGUCUUAAGACAGUAUCCCAGAGAACCGAGGAAGAUGAUUAUCCUGAGGGAAGUGAAUCAGGAUAUGGUGAAUCGUCUGCACAUCCUGUCGAGGGUUCUGCUUCGCCUGCUUCAAGCUCAGGAUCCAGGCAGCCAGUGGCUGCCCCACCCGUUGCUGCUCCAGCUCCUGUUCCUGACUUACUUGGUGAUCUGAUAGGCUUGGACAACUCGAAUUCACUUGUCCCAGUUGACCAGCCUGCGCCAGCUGGCCCUCCUUUGCCAAUGCUGCUGCCUGCAGCCAAAGGUCAAGGUUUACAAAUCAGUGCACAACUUACACGUAGAGAUGGACAAGUGUUCUACAGCAUGCUGUUUGAGAACAAUACGGAGUUGGUCCUUGACGGGUUCAUGAUCCAGUUCAAUAAAAACACAUUUGGCCUUGCAGCUAGUGGACCUUUGCAGGUUCCACCAUUGCAACCUGGGACAUCAGCAAGGACUCUUCUCCCCAUGGUUCUGUUUCAAAAUGUAGCUCCUGGUGCUCCAAACACUCUCCUCCAGGUGGCAGUAAAGAACAACCAGCAACCGGUUUGGUACUUCAGUGAUAGGAUUUCAUUGCAUGUGCUCUUCACUGAAGAUGGUAGAAUGGAACGUGCAACCUUUUUGGAGACAUGGAAAUCCCUUCCUGAUUCAAACGAGGUUUUGAGAGAAUUCCCGGGCCUCGUGAUAAACAGUGUGGAAUCGACUCUUGACAAAUUGUCUUCCUCAAACAUGUUCUUUAUAGCAAAGAGGAAAAAUGCAAACCAGGAGGUAUUGUAUCUCUCAGCUAAGAUACCUAAAGGAAUACCAUUUUUGAUCGAACUGACUGCAGCAGUUGGAAUUCCCGGAGUUAAAUGUGCAAUCAAGACACCAAGCCCUGAAAUGGCACCUCUCUUCUUUGAAGCACUGGAACAUUUUCUCCAAAGUUGAAACCAUAUUCAUCCUUGUUAACCCAUUGAAGAUUAUCUGUAUACUCUGUAAGCAUUAUUGCUAGGUUUUCGGGGGUUCCUCUUCUUUUUUUUCUUUUUCUUUUUCUUUUUCUACUCCUGUAUGUCUGUUUUCGUGCUGGUUUCUAAUUAGUAAAAAUCCAGUUUUCCGGCCAAUUUUUGGGGUUUGUAAGGUGAAUUAUAUUUCCUCUGAAGUCUUUUUCAUUCAUAUUAUCAAAGAGUGUAAUUUUAUUGUUCAAGAA